AUGCGCUCUAAGCACUGGGCGGAGGGAAUUGAAUGGGGAAUGUAUUUUGAAUUAUGGGGAUAUGCAAUUGCCGAUGAUAUUGUCGUUGGAGGAGUUUUUUUGCUGGCAAUGCUGACUGUACUGCUGCCGCUUGCCAUGUUUCUUUACCAUGUGUACCUGAUCUGGAGCGGUAUGACCACCAACGAAAGCGCAAAGUGGGGUGAUUGGCGAGAUGAUAUUGCGGAUGGACUUGUAUUCAAGGCAAGGAAAAGCGAAAUAUACCCCCAAAAACACCCAGAUGCCCACAUCGUCGAACCUUACGUUCCGUGGCCAAUUCAGGUUGACCAAACCCUGAUAUUCACGGAUGAUGGAAAUCCCCCAAGGGUCGGGUUUUCUCUAGCUAGGGAAUGCAGCUCGAUAGUGCAGCCCGGGGACCUGGACGCGAUCGCCGAUAUAAGAUGGAUGAGAUUACAGAGCCUAAAGGAUGUGGUGAAUAUUUACGAUCGCGGGUUUUGGGCGAAUUUGAGAGACGCCCUGCACCUCCGUCGAUGA